GGCACUAGGGGAAUAGAGGAGGAAAAAAAAACCAAAGCCUUUUUUCAUCCUUUGGUUUUUUGUUGUUCAUAUUUUUUUCUCUCUGCUGAAGAAGAUCAUCAUGGCUUCCAAGGCUCUCCUCUCAUUCCUCCUCAUCAUUUCCUCUGUACACCUUUGUCUCUCUCAGAGCAAUUCUGGUGGUGUCAAUCUAGAGCAGCUUCUUCCAGGUCUUGGACAAGCUGCAGUGGUGCAAGAUGCAAAAUGCAUGCAGAAGCUGCUUCCUUGCCAACCAUUUUUGAAAUCCCCAAACAACCCUCCUCCUUCCUGCUGUGUUCCCUUGAAUGAGAUGGCAACCAAUGAGGUAGAUUGUCUUUGUAGUGUUAUGAACAAUCCUCAGCUGCUCCUGUCGAUCAAUGUUUCUAAGGAAGAUGCCAUGAAGCUCCCUGGGGCUUGUGAUAUAGAAGUUGAUAUUUCUAAGUGCAACAGCACAGCAGGAGCAAGCUCAUCAACUCAAGAUUCAAGCUCAUCAUCACAAGAUGAUACCACAGUUCCUGAUGAAGAAACUUCUGAAGAUUCAACAAGUUCAACAAACAUGAUUUCUCCAUAUGGAAUCAUGUCUCUUGGUGUUCCUGGCUUUGUUGCUUUGUCGACUGCUCUAGUAUUUUCUUCGUACUAGGCUUAGAUAAUAUGUCAAAGUGGGAAUCACUUGGCAUAUGGUCAAAGAGUGUCUGCAUAUAAGAGUUUCUUUGUCACUGAAGCUUCACUUUUGUGGCUUUUAAGUGGAUUUUGAUUUCAUGAUUGCAAAAUGAGUGAAGAACAUGUUUUUAGAACUAUCAAUAGUGCAAUACAUUUUGAAUUUUAAUUUUGCAGUGGCAGAUAUUUAGCGCCACUAACUGACUGACCAAGGCUAACUUAUUAAGUAUAUUUUAUUUUGGAAUAUUAUAUUGUCUUUAAUUUUUAAUCUUGAAGUAUGUACUUAACUACGUAUAUAUAUAUAACCA